ACGUGCUCGAGGCCGGGAGGGGAGCCCGGCUGUUGCCCAGGCUCUGCCCGCCGGGGACUUCCCUCUUGUUGCACCGGAGCCACCCAGGCGGAAAUGGCUGCGAAGGGCUCCCAUUCGUACCUGAAGCUGGAGGGGGAGAUCGAGAGGAGCCGGGCGGAGUGUCAGUGGGACCGGCUGCCCGAGCUGGUGAGGCAGCUGCUGCUGCCCGCGGCCAGCCCCCCGCGGAAGGGGGCCGGGGACGCGCAGGACUCCGUGGACUAUGGGAAUCUGCUGCUCGCAGAGGCCCUUCUGGAGCAGUGUUUAAAGGAAAACGUUGCCAAAAUAAAGGACUCCAUUCCAUUAAUGGAAAAGAAUGAGCCAAAAAUGAGUAAAGCCAAAAAGUAUUUGACCGGUAUUCUAAACAGAGGAAAAUUACUACCUAAAUAUAUGACUGAAGCAGUGUUGAUCCUUGGGAAGCUCCAUUAUGUGGAGGGAUCCUACAGGGAUGCAGUCAGCAUGUAUGCCAGAACAAGAAUUGAUGACAUCUCCAUAGAAAAUGAACCUUUGUACCGUCUGCGCCUGGUGACUGAAGCAUUUGUUAUCAAAGGUCUUUCACUGGAGCGCUCGCCCAAUUCGAUUGCCUCCCGUGCUCGGCUGUCUGAAAGGGAAGAGGAGGUCAUGGCUUGUUUCGAGAGAGCAUGUGUCAUUGCACAAGUGUAUUUGCAGGAACUUGAGAAGACCUUGCAUUCAAGAAGCAUAAAAGGCAGCACUGUGACUUUCUCUGACUUUGAACUUCCCUAUUUCCUGGAAGCAGCUCUACAGAGUGCAUAUGUGUCUCACUUGAAGAAGGGAAACAUCGUGAAAGGAAUGAGGGACCUGCGAGAAGUAUUACGGACUGUGGAAACAAAAACUACUCAGAGCUUCAAAAUGACAGCAGCCAAACAGCUAGCCGAAGUGCUCCUCCACUCCUUGAGUGAAGACUGUUACUGGAGCCCCUUAUCUGAUCCUCUGCCUGAGUUCAUGAACAAGGAAGAUAACUCUUACGUUAACAGUCUUCUUCGGCGGAGACCCCAGCUAUACACAGGAGACAACCUGUACUGCCCUCAAGAUAACAUAGAAGAGGCUCUUCUCCUCCUCUUAAUCAGUGAAUCUAUGGCGAAUAGAGAUGCAGUAAUUAGCCGUGCCCCUGACCAGAAGGAUGAUCGAGCUGUCAGCCUCCAGGAUGCUUCUGCAGUGUAUGACCUUCUGAGUAUCACGCUGGGCAGAAGAGGGCAGUAUGUCAUGCUUUCUGAGUGUCUGGAGCGAGCAAUGAAGUUUGCAUUUGGUGAAUUUCACCUCUGGUACCAGCUGGCCCUUUCCAUGGUGGCUUGUGGGAAGUCGGCAUAUGCUGUGUCAGUGCUCAGAGAGUGUGCUAAGUUGCGUCCUGCAGAUCCCAUGGUUCCUCUUCUGGCUGCUAAGGUCUGCAUUGGGCCACUGCACUGGCUGGAGGAAGGGGAACGUUUUGCCAAGAUGGUGAUAGACCUAGGAGAGGAUGCUGGAGAGUUCCUAGCUAAGGGGUAUCUUGCCUUGGGUUUGACAUACAGUCUUCAAGCUACUGAUGCUACCCUGAAAUGCUCUCAAGACAAAUUGCACAAGAAAGCCCUUCAAACUUUGGAGAGAGCACAUCAGUUGGCCCCUGAAGACCACCAAAUCAUCCUCUACGUCUCGUUGCAGCUGGCUCUUGUCAGACAGAUUUCUGAUGCUAUAGAACACCUUCAGGAAGCACUGAAACUGUGCAAAGAUGAUAUGAAUUCACUUCAUCUACUGGCUCUCCUUUUUUCAGCCCAAAAGCACUAUCAACAUGCACUCGAUGUCAUCAACAUGGCUCUUGCUGAGUACCCAGAGAGCUUUAGCUUACUCUUCACCAAAGUAAAGCUAGAACGGGUGCAUAAAGGACCUGAAGAAGCUCUGGUGACCUGUAGACACAUGUUGUGUUUGUGGCAGAUGGUUUAUAACUUUUCACAGCACAGUGCCUCUGAGAAAGAAAGCAGUGUGACUGAAGUGCCGAUGAUCAAAAAGCACAAUGGGAUGCAUCUUUCUCUCCCUGAUGCUCACGACACUGACUCUGGCUCACAGCGCACCUCUUCUGUUGCUGCUUCACGACUGGAACAGGCCCUGUCUGAAGUAACUGUGCAGAAUACUGCCCUGAGGCAAGGACCCAUGCAACUCUGGACAAUUCUGGAACAGAUCUGGCUCCAAGCUGCUGAACUCUUCAUGGAACAACGGCAUCUCGAAGAAGCAGGCUUUUGUAUCCAGGAGGCAGCUAGUCUUUUCCCCACAUCUCACACUGUGCUGUACAUGCGUGGGAGACUUGCAGAGAUGAAAGGCAGUUUGGAGGAGGCUAAGCAAUUGUAUGAUGAGGCACUUACAGUGAAUCCAGCUGGAGUGGAAAUUAUGCACAGCCUGGGGCCCAUACUGAGCAGGCUCGGGCGGAGAAGCCUGGCUCAGAAGGUUCUGAGAGAUGCAGUCCAGAUACAGAGCGCCGAUCACCAAGCCUGGAACAGCUUAGGAGAAGUAUUGCAAGCUCAAGGAAAAAACGAAGCUGCUGUGGAAUGCUUCCUAACAGCUCUGGACCUCGAAUCCAGUAGUCCUGUUGUCCCUUUCACUGUCAUACCGAGAGAACUAUAAAGCUCUUCCUUUCAGCUCAGCACAGCCCUCCACUGGGGGGGGGGGGUGGAUGCCAAGAAAUAUACACAGAAGAAACUCUGGGUUAUCCAGAAAAAUACAACUGUAACUUGAUGAUUGGUGAAAUAAUUCCAGAAUGGGACUCUGAUCUGUGUGUUUAAUUGAGGAAAAACCCAACCUUAGAACAAGUGACAGGGCAUAGAGAGGACAAUUUCUUCUGGCUUCAUAGAUGUCUGCUCUGACUCCUGUUGAAGUCAGUGGAAAGACUCCUGUUGAUUUCAGCAGGAGAUGGCUCAGGCCCUAGAUGACUAAACUGACUGUAGUGUAGAUGCUGCUAGAGUGGAGCUGUAAGAAGCACUUGUGUUGAAAACAAACUUUGUGCACCUUUCAACUUUUCUUGACAAAGAUUUCAUUUAAAAACAACCGUGAGGCAAAUUCAAACCUAGGGUAAGCAUGUGCAACUGUGGUGAAGUUGCCCAACUUAAAUCAGAGCCAAAUUUGGCCAGAUAUAUAUGUGCACACAGACACAUUAGUAGGUGAGGAAUGAUGGCGAAAUAAUAGAUUUCUCUCUUAAAUACACUUUUUACAAAAAUCUUUUAAAAGACCUAUUAAUUCUUAUCUUCAUCCUGCAGUGCCAUAUUGCACACAUAGUCAAUACUCACAGUAGCUUUUGACUGGACUGAUCUAAUUUAAAAGACACUUUUCUAUGGGCUGCUGUGGUGGCAUGAACCACGGAAGUGGAAAAGCCAAAGACCUGAUCGGUUCAAAUUUUGACUAGUAUUAAAAAUAUUAUUUUCUUUCAAAUUAAAUAUUUAUUGCAAGGCACUUCAUCAGGCCAGCUAGUGUAAACUGUCUGAGCAUCAUUCUUAGUAAUUGCAUACUCCAGCAGCUUUUAUAUGAAGUAUAUUGUUGAUUUCAGGCAAUGUAUUAUAUUUGUAGCCUGUGCUUUACUUUUACAAUUGUUCUUGACAGAGCUUUUUCCUAUUCAUCUAUAAAACAUAGUGACUGCAUAGAUGAUAAACAUGUUUAAUUGUUGGAAGCAGUAUGUGUAUAUAUACAUCACCUUUAUUUUCACUGUAGUUUUUGAUUAGCCAUGGCUUCAAAAGAAAUUGUCAUCAGAAAUACUGGGCCAGAUCCUUCAAUAUAUUAGGACCACUUUGUGCCUCAUCACCACUGUAAUCUGGCCCUGACACUGUCUUGCCUGGCCAGAGAGUAUCAGAGUGAUCUUCUGGUGGUAUAGAGCCAUCCUCCCUUCCGCCGGUAUAGUAGGGAGAGUGGUGUGGCUGACAUACCCAUAUGUUAAAUUGAUCUUUGGCUGUGUUUUCAGCCCUGUAUGGCUAUUGCAGCAAGUUAGAACAGACUCAGGGCUGCACUAACAUGACACAAAGAAACCAGCCUUCCACAGAGCAGCACAAGGAUCAAGGGAGUGAAAAAGUGAGCUUUAGGUCACCUUUACACACAAACACACACCCUGUCUUGUAUCAUGUGCACUUUGGCUGUUCAUAGCUGAUAAUCUGGUCCAUUAUUUCCAAGUAUUUUUAAAUGAUUUUGCACAAUGUAUUCUGUAUACUAUAGCUCCACCAUUUAUUUGACUAGUUUAUUCCAGAAAUAAUAUCUUCAUGUUAUAUAAAUAUAGAGGGUUUAUUUGUAAAGACCCUCAAGAUUCUUCAGUUGACUUUCUGUCUGAAUUGUUUGCAAUGAUUCAGAAAUUUAAAGACUACUUGAAUUGUUAAUUCUGGUGUCUCCCUUUUACAGUAAAUACAGGACACAUUGCUGAUGUGGAACAGGACUGGGGUUCUCUCCCCCCCUUCCCCCCAUGCUCUUUUUCCUUCUAGGGUACUCUUCAAGGCUUCAGUGCCGAAGAGGAGUUAGAUUUCAGUGAUUUUUCUUUAUCAGCAUUUUACUUAGUUCUUAAACUGAUUUUUGUCAUGUUGGUGUGGCAAUCCAGAUUGUUGUCCAUUCACUUAAACACAUGCAGUGAAAUCCAUGGAAAAGGUCUUCAGCUUGGGAAGUCAUUGUGUGAUCGUAAGAGAUAUGAGAGACUUAAAUGAGACUUGUCAGGCCGGAAACUGGCUUCCAGGAAUAUGCUACAUUUCCCAGCAACUUUGCAUGUUUGCAGUGACACCAUCAGCAGAGGAAGUGGAGUGUGAAGGCUUUAAAACAAUAGAAUGAAAUGAGUUGCAGGGAGCAGAUGAAGUUGAACCUGUUUUCCUACAGGAGGCUAUAAAUAAAGCCAACCUGCUCAACAGGUUGGGUGGGGGUAAAGGUUGUUGUUCCAUCAGUAAGAUGUUAUCUAGUUACUUUGGACCCAAUUCUGCCCUCAUAUACCCAGGUCCAGAUCCUCAGCUGCAGUAAAUAAACACAGGUUCAUUGACUUCCAUAGAGCUAUGCUGAUAUACACCAGCUGAGGAUUUGGCCCAAUUCCCACUCACCUCAAUGGGAGCAAGCCCUUUGAAUGGGCCAGAAAAAGGAAUCUGUGUGUUCCAUCAUCCACAUUUUCUUGCUCUACUUCAGUUUUUGAAACGCUGCUGCAGCAAUUCAGAUACAAAGGGAAAUCAUUUAAAGCAGGUACUAAUGACUCUCUGACUCCUGUAAUUCCAGCAUGACUGCUCUAAGAAGUGGCAUAUGACUCUCAUCCUGUUAGUGAACUGGUGAGAGUAUGGGGGGGGGGGCUUCCCUAAUAUAAAAUGAGGAGCACAGAUUUCCAUAUUUUUACCCAUCCACACCCGCACCACUGUCUGCAUUACUUGCUUGUAUCAUAGUUAUUAAAAAAAAAAUGAUUGCCUUCAGUGAGCUAGAGCUUCAUGUUUGGAAAUAUUAGUGUUCUCACAGAGUUCAGGCUGCUUGAGGUAUUGAAACUAUGAAAUGCCGUGUACAUGUCAGAUAGUCCAGUAAUCCCAAUCUACUACUAGGAAGUAUGCAGUAUAUGUUAAUGCAAGUCAACUGCCAGCAACAAUUGUACCAAAAGGUCUCUGCUCCACUUGUUGUAUAGUAAGGGCCUGGCUACACAAGACACUUCAAAGCACUCCCACGGCAGAGCUUUGAAGUGCGAGUGUGGUCCCACGCGAGCGCUGGGAGAGAGAGAGAGCUCUCCCAGCAUUCCUGGUAAGCCACCUCCAUGAGGGGAUUAGCUCCAAGUGCUGGGAGCUCGGCUCAGAGCCCGUUUCCACUAGCACUUUGAAGCGCUCUGACUUCCUACGCUCCGGGGGAUGAUUUUUCACCUCCCUGAGCCAGCAAGUUAGAGCGCUAUAAAAUGUAAGUGUAGCCAAGCCCUAAGUGAACAUGAGAUAUUCCCAUUAAUGUCAAUGGGAAUUACCCGCAUAAAAUCCCCCUGCAGUAGUAGUUCUAGUUCGUGAAUAUUGCCUAAUUCAUGAACUAGAACUGUGUAUGUAAUUAAUUUAGGCCCAAUCCUGAGAUUUGCUGAGCACUUUAGGAAAGAUACUAAGCACCCAUAACUCCCACUGAUUUCAGUGGGCGUCGUAAUUGUUGAUUACCCCUCAGGAUCUGCUGGGCACUUUAGGAUCUGAGAACUUUCUCCCCUUUGUGUAGAGAGAGUAAUUAUUAUUAUAGGGCUGGGGGCAACCAUCUACUUAAUCUUCUAUUUAUAGUGCUGUCAUUAGUGCUGCUAAAAAUCUUUCCUGCUACCUCUGUUCUUUAUAUGUUUAAGUAGGUACUUCAUUGAUCUUUCCAUAUACAGAAAAUAUAAAUUAACUCCUACCUGCUUGCAAGCCUAACCUUGUUGCUCCUUUUACUCCUGGUGAAGCCAAUGAGACUACUCACUUGAGCAAGUUGAGCAACACUUGUACCUAUAUGAAAGUCAGUGGGAAUAUCAGGGUGCAGGGGACGAGUAAUUUUGGCCCAUAGAACUUGAAAUUUUAGCCCCUAGUUUAUCUGAACAGUUGCAAUAUGUAUUGCUAAUGUGAAUUAGUAUGAAAUCUUGACUCCACUGAAGUCAAUGGGAGUUCUGUUAUUGACUUCAGUGGGGAGCAGGUUUUACACCCACCACUGUCUUUUUAAAAAUCUCCUCUACAGUAGAUUGGGGUUUUUAGAAGUAUGGAUUCAAUAGGAAUUAAUCUAUAUCAAGCUCCAGUCCUACCACUUCAACUUUAUUUUACCUUGAGUAACCUGGGUGUGUCCAACAGGAAGAAAAAUGUUUAGAUCCUUUUUUCUAUGUGUGUGUUGAGCAGUAAAAUAAACGUAUUUAUAUUUCCCUUAGCGGGCAGUUAGAUUCUUGUAAAAAAAAAAAAAUGGAAAGCUUUAUUUCAUUACACCAGAAUACGUUCUCUGAGCUCUUCUACGCAGAAAGAGACCAGGAGCUGAUGUAAAUUGUCAUAGCUCCACUGAGGCAUUAUGUACAAAUGAGGACACCAGGAGGCAGAUCCUCAGCUAACGUCAACUGUCAGAGACUACAGAGAGCUCCAUCAGCAGGGCAUCCGUACCCUGCAUGGUACAAGAAUUCCAUUCUGUUUCUGUUGGUAACAGCAACUCAGAACACUGAUUAUUGCAAUAUUUCAGAAGCACUAUUUGUCUUUUCUUGAUAAUAACUAAUAAAUCCAAAUAGAGAACAGUUCUAUGGGGUAUUUACUUGAAAAUCCUCUAACUGGGUAGUAGAAUGGGUACAGCAGUGACUGCUGUGGUUCGGGUGGUUUCCUUUAUAAAACCCUAUUUUCGGAGAGUCCUGGUCAUUUUUUUUUUUCCACAAACCUGCUGCUUUCUCCACCAAAAUGCUCCCCUAGCGAAGAGGCAUGUGCUACAUUGUAUCUAGUUAUUGGAAAGACCCUCUGGUAUAUUGUAUUAUUUGCAAAUUGGUAUGUGAUGAUGCAAUUCAAGACCAGCUUGUAAUUUGCACACAAAAGGAGGCAAUGUUAAGGUUGUACAUUCACCCUUAACUUUGUCACUUCCUAACUUUUGAGUGCUCCACUGUAAACCUGAAAGUUCUGUUAAUGUCGGGUUCUUGGAAUAUUUUUUCAUUUAAUGUGAAAAAGAAUGUUAAAUUACAAGAUGCGUUCACCAGAUGAAUAGACCCCGUGGAAAAAGAA